GCACCCUUCUCUGAGCUCAGGGCCAUCGGCCUCGAUGAAAGAGUGACACCUGUGUUACCACGACAACAGACAGGUCAUCAUGCCUGCUAAUGGGAACCGGCCCUUAAAGCUACAGUUUGGCCUCAUCAAUUAUGAGGGCCGCUACCUGACUGCAGAGGCCUUCGGCUUCAAGGUGAACGCCUCGGCGCCCAGCCUGAAGAAGAAGCAGAUCUGGACCCUGGAGCAGGAGUCCCACGACGGGCAGGUGGUCUACCUGCGCAGCCACCUGGGCCGCUACCUGGCCUCGGACCAGGACGGCCGCGUGACCUGCGAGGCCGACGGGCGCAACGCCGACUGCCGCUUCCUGGUCGUGGCGCGCUCCGACGGCCGCUGGGCGCUGCAGUCGGAGCAGCACCUGCGCUUCUUCGGCGGCUCCCGCGACUACCUGUCCUGCUUCGCCCAGGCCGUCACGGACGCCGAGCUGUGGGCGCUCCACCUGGCGCUCCACCCGCAGGUCAACCUGCUCUCCGUGGCCCGCAAGCGCUACGCCCACCUGGCGACGGAGGACGGCGAGGUGGCGGUGGACCGCAACAUCCCGUGGGGCGUGGAGGCCCUGCUGAUCAUGGUGUACCGGGACGGCGGCUACGGCCUCAAGACCAGCGACGGCCGCUUCCUGGGCAACGACGGGAAGCUGGUGGCGCUGAGCGGCAAGGCCACGGCGUACACGCUGGAGCUGAAGUGCGGCAAGCUGGCGUUUAAGGACUGCGAGGGGAAGUACCUGUCGCCCAUGGGCCCCACCGGCACCCUGAGGUCCGGGCGGUGCUCCAAGCCGGGGAAGGACGAGCUGUUUGACCUGGAGGAGAGCCACCCGCAGGUGGUGCUGAUGGCGGCCAAUCGGCGAUACGUGUCCAUCAGGCAAGGAGUCAGCCUGUCGGCCAAUCAGGAAGACGAGACGGACAUGGAGACGUUCCAGAUGGAGAUCGACAGGGAGACGAAGAAGUGCAUCUUCCGGACCAGUCAGGGGAACUACUGGGCCCUGGUGGCCCACGGAGGCAUACAGACCACUGCCACCGACAUAUCAGCCGACACCAUGUUCACACUGGAGUGGCUGGGUAACAGAAUGGCGCUACGAGCCAACAACGGUAAAUACGUCUGUACCAAGAAGAAUGGCCAGCUGCUAGCCGUUAGCGACUCUAUUGGCGAAGACGAGCAGUUCAAUCUGAAGUUGAUCAAUCGACCAAUGCUGAUCCUCAAAGGAGAGAACGGCUACAUCUGCCACCACAAGACUUCCAACACGCUGGACGCCAGUCGAUCUGUCUACGACAUCUUCACCUUAAGCUUCAACGACGGAGCGUACCACAUCAAAGGCGUGACCGGGCGGUUCUGGUACGUGAACAGCGCCGGGCUGGUGUGCUCCGACGGAGAGACCCCGGAGGACUUCACCCUGGAGUUCCUGGAGCACGGGCGCAUCGCCGUCCGCGGCAAGAACGGCAGAUACCUCCGCGGGGACCAAGGGGGCACCCUCAAGGGCGACGGACUCAGCGCCAACAGCUCGGCCCUGUGGGAGUACUGA